UUAGCCUGUUGGGAGCGUUCCAUCCCUGGAGAAUCCUAAUGCAUGUGUAUCUCUGGUGGAAUCUCAACGGCUCCUCAUGGUAUCUUCUCCUCCAGCAGCAGGACCGGGAUGGAGCUGAUGUGGUGUUGGGUUGAUAUAUAUGUGGUAACGAUGGUGAUGAGGGUUUGAGGUCACUGACACGUCACUGAGAGAAGCUCAUAAAUGCUGAGAAGUGCACUCGAUUGUCCAGUGAUCAGGAGACUCAUGGCCGCUCAAGGAAAGCCCAUAAGCGCCUCUCAGCGCAUGGCGUCGUCUCCGCUCUACAUCGCCAUAUACCUCAUUCUGGUUCUGCUGGGGAACAUAGGAAACACCACGGUCAUCGCGGUGGUCGGGGAAAGCCUUCUGCGUGAGACUGGCUCUGUCCGAAGCUCUGACGUGAUUCUGGUCAACAUGGCUAUCUCCAACCUGAUGGUGUCGCUGGCCAGAAACUCUCUUCUGGUGAUCUCCGACAUGGGAUUGGAGGUUUUCCUCAAUAGAAACUGGUGUCGCUUUAUGAUGGGCGUCUGGGUUUGGCUGCGCUCUGCAAACGUUUGGUCGACGUUCUUUCUCAGCGCGUUUCAUUUCCAAACACUGCGUCGGGUCGCUCCGCCCGUCACAAACACCCACGGCCAUCCCGGACCCCCCAGAUCCCUCAUCUUUGGGUUGUGCCUCAUUUGGAGCCUCAAUCUGAUCUACUCCUUCCCAGCGUUCAUCUUCUCCAAGAACGGAGACGAGAACUCCACCGAGUCGCUCAUGUUGGUGAGCAGCACCACUCGGCCGCUGCUCGGCUGCAUCUGGAACUUCCCGUCGGUCUACAGCGGCCUGGCCUUCGCCACCUCCUCCAUGGUCAUCCAUGAAUUGAUUCCCAUCUUCUUGAUGAGUAUCACAAACCUGGGCUCCUUGCUGACGCUGUACGCUCACGGACAAACACGAAGAGACGCCAAAAAGAGUCAAGACGCGCCGGUCAUCACCCGGAUCCCCGCCGAGCGACGGGCCGCUAAAGUGAUUCUGGCUCUGAAUGUCCUCUUUAUCUCAUCUUGGGGCGCCAGCGUCAUCUCCGUCAACUACUUCAACUAUAACCGCGGAUCUUCCAAAUCAUCCACGGAGUUCCUGCUCAUCAUCGCUCGCAUCGCCAACAUCACCUUCAUCGCACUGUCGCCCGUCGUCCUCGCCGUGGGCCACAGGAGACUCCGGGCGUUCAUGAAGUCAAUUCUGUCGCGUAUAAUCUGACAGACAGCCGCCUCUCUCUUUCUCUCGCUCUAUAUGGACAGACAAGCUACAGAUAUCAAAGGCGUAUCACAUUAUAUUCUGCAUCAUAAAAGUGUGUUUCUGUGUGUCACACUAUUUAUUUUUAA